CACGAGGUCAGCAACUCCUAGUAUACAGGUAGCACGGAGUGCAAUACGAGUCGAAUACGUGAGCUUGAGCCGUUGGUGUCGUUGCUGGACGGGCAGCCACGUCAAAAUUACCUUGGCGUUUAAACGUUAACAUGUUGCGUUUUACCCGUGAACCGAAAAACUGGGUCGGCGCCGUUACGGUUAUAAGAUCGGGAGAAGCCGGCCCCACAAUCCCGACCAUCACGCUCUCGUCCCGGUCUCUCUUCAGCGCCUGGAGAACCUUCGCGCCCGACCCGCUCCUCCGCCCCGCCAUGACCGCCGCCACUGCCCCGGCGCCCAUCGACCGCCCCGAGCUCCGGACCUUUGCCGCCAUUGUGUGCAAGGAGUGCUUGUACCUCGAGUUUCCCGGCUGCGACGUCCAUGGCCUUCUGUAUACUGAGCCCGUGCACGAGGGCGGCGAGCUCCACGCCAAGUGCCCAAAAUGCUCGGCGGCGACGCACAACCAGCGCCCGUUCCGCGAAGGCUGCCGCCGCUGCAAAGGCAAGACCAGCAUCACCAUGUGGAACUCGAGCGGCAACGAGAUCGCCCAAGCCUUCCGCUUUUUUCCAUCGCGCGUCGAGGAGAUUGACCAUGCCGUGCUGCAGUGCGAAGCGCGCGGCUGCGCGAGCGUCGUGUUUCCGAGCUCGCGCGAGGUGCUCACGACGCGCACGCCUGCCGCACCCAUCGUUACAUCAACACAGCGAGUACUCAAGGUCUCCAACUUUCAGCUGAGCAUGCCGCAUAUCGCGGGCUGCCCGCGCCAAGGCAUGCCACUGCAUACGAUGGCCGUGCGUUUGCCCAAGAGCGAGCUCAAGUUUGUACUCGAGCGCAUCGACAUGUGCCCGCUCCCAACGAUCCUUUGCGCUGGCCCUACGUAUCGGAAGCGGAUCCUGGCUCCGCCCCAAGACACCAACCAGCUGCACCAGAUCUACUUGUGUGUAUUGACGACGAUUCUCAAGACCUUCGACAACAACUCGCCCGCUGCGCUCGAGCCGCUCAAGCAGAUUGGACUUGUCUUUGCCAAGUCGGACGUCAUGUCGAUCUUUCACGACUGGGCGCCGCCAUCGGACGUUCCGAGAACAGAGAUUCAUCCGCAGCGCUCGGUGUGCACGGCCCGUGGCGAUGACGCGCACGGCGCCGCGUGCGUGGUCGAUCCUGGACUGACGUACUGGAAGGUCGAAUGCGCACCCGGGCAGUCGGCGUCCAUUGAGCUCGUCUUUGAGCCGCCCAUAUCGGUCUCGGCCAUUGCGCUGCGGUGGCACGCGCAGCGCUACGUGUGCGCUACGUACACGCUGUACGCGUCGACGGACAAGGGGCGGACGUACGAAGCGAUUGCGAGCGUGGCCAAGCCGAUGCUUGAGCAUCGAGUGACGUUGGCGUCGGCGCUCGAGAAUGCGUCGCACGUCAAGCUUGUGGUGGACAAUAGCACCGACUCUACCGUGUCGUUUGGCCUCGAGAGCUUUGGCGUGUACGAUACCAAGGUCGAGGUGCUCUAUACACCGCCCAACCAGCUCCUCCAGGACCUCCUGAAGUGGAUUGCGACGGCGACAGCAUCGACGAUCCCGUCCAUUCGCGUCUUGGCCCUGCAGCUCCUGCAGCAGGUCGCGCUCAUGUCCGGGUCCCUGUGCGGCCUCUUGCAUGUGGUCAAGAGCAUGCUUGUGGCGGCCGAGACCGAGCUCGAUGUAGACGAAACCAUUGGCUUUGUGUCGCAGCUGUCGCAGUCGAUCCAGAAAACCAUGCUGCGCUCCAACGCGUCGGCCGACCACGCGCGACUCGAGAAGCGCAUCAUUACGCAAAUGUCCAUGUCCCUCCAAGACGAAGUGACGCGGCGGACGAUCCAGAUCCUUCAGAACAUCCCAGGCCUCGAAGUCUACUCGCCGCAACAAGCCAGCACGCCCGAGCCAGCGACGCCUCUCGUGUCCAGUUCCUCUGUGCGACCACCCGAGGUCGUGGGGCCCAAAGACCACGAGAUGGUGCGGAGCGAUGCGGAGCCAUCCUUGCAGCAAUACCCGGUCCUCGUCUUGCUCUUGUGCCAGCACUCGUUCUCCAAGUCGAUUCGGACGCGCACCGAGCUCUCAAUGGUGCUCCUCAGCGUCCUCAGCGAGCUCAGUGUGUGGCAAAUGCAGCGCAUGCAAAAACCCGAAGUGUUUGUUGGUCGACGCGAAGACGAGCUCCGUCGCCUUGAAGACCCAUUCUCGAUGCAAGUGUGUCCUGAGCUCUUUGACGUGUGCCACGACCUGCUCCAAACCAUCUUGGCGCCGUGGCUUGCGCCCGAGGAUGCGACGCGACUUGCCCUCCACGCGCAACUCACCGAGGCGAGCGCAACGUUCCAGCGCUCUCUCGCCGCGUCGCCGUCGAACGCGCUCGAGCAGCCGUUCAAUCCUAUCACAAUGGGCCUCGCGGUCCUGCAGGUCAUAACUGCCAACGUGCGCCGACUCGUGCUCUCGCAGGUCAACCCGGUCGACGUCGGGCUUGGUGUCCUGGACGACGACGGCGUCGACCAGCCGCUCGUGCCCAUGAUUGCAUCACUCGAAAAGCUCAUUGGCCUCGGCACCAAGCAGUCGGACCCGCUCUUUGCGCUCUCUCUGCAAGCCGCCGCGGCCGUCGAAGUCGGCAUGGAAGCGUUCUACCCGUCGUCCCAGCAACGGACGGCGCUGCUCACGAACCGCAUGGGCUCGGGCGCGACGCUCGAGUUCCAACUGCGCUGGCCUGUUCAGGAGCGCGAGCAAGAAGACCCGCGCUACGAACGCCUCAUCUUGUUGCUCCAGCUCGUGUGCAUCAAGCACGGCUACGUCCAUGCACUGCGCGGCCAAUGGGGCGUCUUUCUGCAUUUAGUGCUCCAAGUGCCAGACGCCCAAUCGACGAGCGACGUCCUCACACAGCCGAUCGCCGAGUGCAUCGCGCAGGCCGGGUUUGCCUCGUGGCGCGUCGUCGCCGGCGCCCAAGAGAUCUCGAUCACGCUCCAGCGCCACCUGCACUGGAAUCGCGUCGAGAAGAUGUCGCACGACUCGGGCUCGGGCUGGAUCCGUGUCUACCCGCGCGACGUGGCAGCCUUCUCGGACGUGCUCGCCGAGGUCGAAGCCUUUGCGUCGACGCCGACGCUCAAGAAGUCGUGAUAAGUACGACGAUAAGACAACAUAUGUACGAUGUUCGAG